UCUGGAACCUGGAGUUGGAGGCAGGUGCCAGGACCCGGCGGCCACCGCGGGAGGAGCAAGGUUGCCGUGGAGACGGCGGGGGCGGGGCCUGUGCGCGGCGCGGACUAGUGACGCACGGCGCAGGCGCGCGGCAGGCGGCAGGUCCGUUGGCGCCCGGAUGGAGCGGGAGCGGUUGCUUCGCGGGGUGUCGGUGCUGCAGGCCUGCGUCCGGGGCUUCUUGGUCCGACGCCACAUCCAGAGACUGCGAGAUGAGUAUGAGGCUGUUGUACGCGAAAUCGAGGGUGACCUGGGCACGCUUCAGUGGACAGAGGGUUGGAUUCCCAGGCCCCAGUUUCUCCCAGAGAAAGCAAAAUCCCAUCGGACCUGUAAACCCCAAGAGAGGGCACCAAAUCCAGAACAGCAAUGGCGGGGCCGCUUCUCAUGUAAAGAACCUGAGAGAGAAGCUGUCUUUGGGGAGAUGAUGCUGAAGCAAUCAGGACAGAGCUCAGCAAACUCGGGAAGUCUUCCCUGCAGAGGUGACAGUCCCCCGCCUCAGGAUGAGCACAGCAGGCAAGCCAGGAAUCCCAGCCAAGAGGAGACCAGAGCUAUGUCAGGGAUGGAAAACCCAGAAGCUGUAGGUCCAGAACUGCCCCACAGCCAGACCAAGCUUCAGGAACUCCAGUACCACCACAGCCACUUGGCCAUGGAACUGCUGUGGCUACAACAGGCCAUCAAUAGCCGUAAGGAGUACCUAAUUCUCAAACAGACACUGACAUCCCCGGAGGCGAGCCAGAUGAGAGACAAGCCCAGCAUGUGCCCAGACCACAGGGCUCAGACCUGUGUGAGGGCUGGGUCACAAACAAGCCCACCACUGAAAGACAAGUUCUACAGAGAGAGGACCAUUAAAGACCCAGACCAUGUAGAUAACUCCUCCUGGAGGCUGAAAUCACAACCCCACAAGUCCCUGGAAAGCCUGGCCACUACAGACAAAACCACUGCUGGGGUCAAGUACAGGGAUCCAUGCAACAGGAGAGCUAGAGCACAGAUGCCCACACUAUCCAAUAACCAGGCCUUAGAGAACAGGCUCACUAGAGAGCCACACCGUGGAGGGCCCUGCCUGCAGUUGAUGAGAGUCCCGGAGGACCAGAUCCCCAAAGGCCUCGAACCUAGGGGCUACUGUUCUGAAAAAGCCAGGAUGCAGGUGCCCACACUCGGUGAGGACCUGGAUAUUGAGGAUAAGUCUCCCAGAAAGCCAGAACGCAAAGAGCCUGAUUGCCAAAGAGCUAGGCCACGAGAGUUGGACCUCUCAGAGGACCAUGGCAUCUGGGAUGAGACCUUGGCAGAGCAUGGUGGCCAGGAUCUCUGGGAGACUAAGCCACCCAAGGGCCAGAUCCCUAGUGAGAAAAGCUCCAGAGAUAGAACCUCCAGUGAACCUAGCCAUGAACAAUCGACAAACCAGAGGGCUGUACCAUGGCGAUCGAGGCCACCUAAGAAACUGUCUUUGACAGAGUCUGCCCACACAGGAGAGGACCACUGGAAGGACAAGCCAUGGAAAACAGGACCACCAGGCUAGACCCUGGGGAGCCAGGGCCUCAUCCUUGCUCCCUGGUACUAGCUCUGCCUCCUGCCCUUGGCCAUCGGUGGCUCAUGGGGCCAAGAGAAGCUGGAGCAGAAAGCUGGCACCGGUAUAGGGAGGGGUGGGAGGAUACUCUUUCAUCUUCCGCCUGUGGCUUACUCCAAAUUUGGGGGCAGGGAGUUACCUGGGAUAAGUAAAGUGGGGAGCCUGGUGGAGAAUAAAGGUUUUUCUUGGCUUCUGCA